AUGCAGCUCGACAGGCUCAAGCCCGUCAUCUGGACCGGCGACUUCAACGUCGUGCGCACGAUCACGCCGACCUCGAACGAGACGAACGACCUCUCUUGGCCGCAGAACAUGGGCAAGCUUCCCGGGACGCACGUCGUCGAGCGCGACGCACACGAGCGCCUCGUCGGCGACCCGGGCUGGCUCGAGAACCCGAAACGGCGCGCUCAAGGGUUCGUCGAUGUGUGGAGGCUCAUCUACGGCGAGCAGAGGAGGCAGUACACCCACGCCUCGAAGAAGUGCGGCAGCUGGCGUCUCGACGGCUUCAUCGUCUCGCAACGGCUCCUCCCGCACAUCCGCGACUGCCAGAUCCGCCAGCAGGUCAAGCGCCAGUUCUGGCCCCCGAGAGACAGCGUCGGCAUCGGGGCGCUGUCGGAUCACUGGCCUGUGUGGCUUAGCCUCGAGAUGGAGAGUCUGUGA